AUAUUCUUCAUUGCUUCUACGCCGUUUUCGCUGCUUACGAACGCCGAGGCGCCCUGUUCUCCUCCAUGUCGAUCUAGAAAUGCUAUCUCGGAUUCCCGUUCACUGGUCUUUGUGUGUAGUCUGCUUCACCGAGACAGACUGAAACCAAGCCUGCAGAACAGCAGAAUCCCAGCUGUUUUCUUGGAUCACCGAGACUUCUUCUUACUGAAGAGGUGAUCGCUGGCAUUCACCGCAUAAUUCUUACCGCGCAAAUCGCACGGUCGAUACGACCCAAAGGCCCACUGCAAGCAUGUCCACCUUAUCACCGAGGCUCAUCCAGGACGAGUCGCCCACCGAUAUGACUUUCUACGAUUCCAACUACCACGACCCUUACCUCUCGGCCCCCUUGGACCCCGAUGAAGCUUCCUUCAAGUCCUCCGCUAUCAGAUUAACGCCUGUUCCUGGUGAAGACCAUAGCACAGGAAAUCCAUCGUCUCCCUUGAAUAUACAAACACACGAUGACUUAGCCAAUGGACAUGCCAACGGUCAAGCGGCUUCUUACUCAGAGUUUCUCAGCCCAACCGAUGACUUUUCGAGCGAUAUGAGUGCGCACACGUCCCCCAGCGCCGAUAUAUUAUCCGCAGGUUUUGGCAUGGACGUGGAUUUUGGGAACAAUGCACUGCAACAUGACAACAACAUGGCGCUGCCCCUACCGAAUAUUGACACCUCGGCUACUGACAUGCUGCCCUCGUCAACGUCCAUGCUGUCGCCACAGCAAGCUGGUUGGACUCCGGUCAGGGAAUCUAGUCUACUGCCAGAUACGGAUCACAUCAAGUCUCAGACUGAGCGCGACAUUAUGGCGCGGCAACCCCAAGCACUGUCAUUGAUCACAAGUCCCCAGAGCGAUAACCUCAGUGUUCAUGCAUUUCCGGAUUCGGCCAGAGCAAGGAGUCCUAUUGUCAAGAUCGAAAGCUACUCCCGCGGGGACUCACCGGUCAGAGAUGCUUCUUCAGCCGGGCGACGCCGGAGCCUGACUUCCAACCAUCUUUCACCGAACGAUAUGACCAGUGAUUCAGAAAAUGAGGGCGUCGAAGAAAGCUACGGGGCAAUCGGGCAACGCUAUACAGUUGCACGAGCGAACGACGGUUCCUGGUUGCCCAACAUGACUACCGGGCAAGGCGGCGUUGAGCCAUCGUCACGAGACGACAUUUUCGUCCCAAGUCCGAACGAGAUGGAAAAUCGACGACGACUAGAGGAGAAGAAUGCCGACAUCCAGUCAUGGUCAGCAUCUGUAAGCGCUGCGAAUAGUGAGGCAGGAGACGAGGACACUUCCUUGCUUGGUGGGAAUCGUAGCCACCUGGGAGGCAGACGCAGAGCCAAAAGUGCCGGGGACCCAUCGCUUCAGCCGGAUUACUUCUCCCUAAAAUCUCGACUUUUGGAACCCGCCGUACCGGGGCCUGGGCUCUUGCUCCAUGAAAGUAGCGAUGAUGGCAUCAGUGAAGGCGGAUCGGACAGUGCAGAAAGCCGAUCAGACUCACCAGCUGUCAGUGUCAAUGAAGCGAGGUGGGCACACGAGGAUGCAGAAGUUGCCCCUGAGGAAGAGCAACAGAGACCCGAAGAUGGAGAACCGUCCCCACAUCAGUUCCUCGGGGCUCCUCCAUGGCGGGAUCCUGAGCACGACGCAUUUCCCCAGGAGACGCGGAUGCAGCCUGCAAGCUCGAGUGCUGCCAUGGUAGAAUAUCAACGACGAGCCAAGGACAUUGACACCGCCUCGCGCUCGGCGACUUGGGGCACCCGGCAUUUGAACGAUGCAGAAGUCAACAGUAUUAUCGGCCCAGGUGGCUCCUUCGAAAAUAUGUCACUAAAUGACAAGAAACAUGAAAGACGAAGUAGCCUCCGAAAAUUCCUACACAGAAAACCCUCCAGCAACUUGAAACGGCGCCUAUCGGAUCUCUCAAUCAUUCCCCCCAGCACGGAGGGCGCGAGCAAAGCUGAAGAUGUCAAGAGUCCCCCGUUGAGAAAGGACAGCUUCCCUCACCGGUUGAACCUCAGUCGAUCCAGGUCUCCAAGCCUUAACACAAGCAGUGCCGUGAUCGCUAUUGCCGGACAGAUGGCCGCUAUUGGAGGCAAAGAUUCCCUCCGGGCUGCGUCGCCAAAUCCAGCCACAGGCCCCUGGACAUAUCUGAAAGGUCGGGGAAGAAGCCGAAGUGAGCUACCAAGAGCUUCAGCUCCCGGGUUAAUGGACCUGAUGACCAGUCAUGGCGGACCACCGAUCCCCAACAUUGCCUACUCACCACGGGCAAGCAACCACCACGAAGCCCCGCAGAAGAGUCCAGGAGAGGACCACGCGGGAGCCAAUGCAGAUGAUGAGGAUGACGACAUGGUGGACGAAAAGGGAUUGGUGAUGCAGUUCCCGCUCCCAUCGCAUUUGCCGGUGCCGACUCUCGAGGGUUUUAAGAACCAAAUCACGCAGAUCAAUCCCCGACUUCCGCCCGCAUUGAUUGAACGCUUUGCUCACGAGCAGCUUCGUCGGUACCGGAAGCUAGUAGAGAGCAAGCAAAGCCAUACACGUGCUGUUGGCCAGAAAAAAUGUAAAUCAGGGAAGUUCUGCUUCGCAUUGGGUGGCGAGGCAAAAUUGCUGGCACCUCGCGCUAGCCCCGAAGCUGCUCACACGCAGUUUCAUAUCCCGGGUCAUGGAGCGGUCGAGGACGAUCCUCACAAGCUUGGAGAAAGCGCCGUCACUGCAGCACAGUUUCCCCCGGGUGUACCCCUACCGCCGGUUAAACGGUUGCCAGCGGAGUUCGAAUGCCCGGUAUGCUUCCAAGUCAAGAAGUUUCAGAAACCUUCAGACUGGACCAAGCAUGUCCACGAAGAUGUGCAGCCAUUUACAUGUACCUUCCCACAGUGCUCGGACCCCAAGUCCUUCAAGCGAAAGGCUGAUUGGGUCCGACACGAAAGUGAGCGACAUAGAAAACUAGAGUGGUGGACGUGUACAGUUCCUGAUUGCAACCAUACUUGCUACCGGAAGGACAACUUUGUACAACAUCUUGUCAGGGAACAUAAGAUGCCAGAGCCCAAAGUCAAGAAACCGAAAAACCAGGGGGCGUCGACCAAGACCAAAGGCGAAUCUGUCUCUCCGGACUCGCAGGAAGACAGCAAUCGCGAGCGGGAGAUUGAACACCUCUGGGACCUUGUAGAGAAGUGUCGACAUGACACGCCCAGGGGACCCAAGGACGAACCGUGCCGCUUUUGCGGUAAUGUCUGUAGCACCUGGAAGAAGCUAACGGUGCACUUGGCCAAGCACAUGGAACAGAUCGCUAUGCCCGUUUUGGCGCUUGUAGAUGAGAGGGAUCUUCCAAUGAUCGAGACUACUGGUCCUAGCGAUGAGCCCGCUCCUGGACUGAAUCCAGGGACCCCACCAAAUGAAGCCAGCCGUUAUAUGCCAAACUCGGAUGGCGUUGACGGACCCUCGGUGGUAUCGAUGGAUCUCACGCAGGCACCAUACGCCAGCAAUAAUGACGAGAACGCCCAGGAGCCUAUGAUGUCCUUCACUCCGUCAUAUUCCCCCCACUUGCCAACCAUGCCUGGUGGUUGGAUCUCCGCCGAGCCUGAGUCAAUUGACGCGUACGAUGAUGCGCCCAUAAUGGGCCUGCCAGGGGGGAGUGCGGAUCAGACGCGGCUCAUGCCGGUGCAUCAGAAUUCGGUCACCUAUCCGCCCCCUUUCAACGCUGGGCCUCGACUGAGGGUCCCCAGUCCAAACCUCAGUGUGUUGCAGGACCCGUAUAGCUUCUCCCUAUCCCCCACGGACAUGCAGCCCACCUAUGAUCAUCAGGGGCCAGUUUACGUAUCACCUUCCACGGACCACCGCUAUGGGUAUCAAGGCUCGAUGCCACCGGCCAUGCCUUACGUUCCGGGGGGCUACCGAGAACAGCCCUGAUCCUCGAUCGGGAGAGGCGACGCCGUAACGUCUCACGGGGCUUAUGACCCUAGCGCAGCAGUUGCAGAUCGUGAAGGGUGGAGGAUGGAAUGCGCUUGGAACGGUCGUCUAUCCUAGGAAAUACUCCCAUGACCACACUCGGAUUUU